AUGUCAAUGAUACGAGCUGCUCCAAGAGAAGGUUUCCCAUUUGAUGAACAAUUACCAACAGUAGCAAGAGUUGAUUCAGAUUAUUGGUAUCAAUUAUCAAAUGAAACAUUCAUAAGUUCAACUGGUGAAGUCACAUAUAGUAUUGAAAAUCAACCAUCAUGGUUAGAAUUUGAUCCAACUUCAAGAAUUUUAUCAGGUACUCCAAGUGAAGAUGAUGCUACAGAAGCAGCUAAAUUUACCUUAGUUGGUGAAGAUGGUGAUUCAACAAUUUCAAAAGAAUAUUCAAUUGUUGUUUCUAAAAAUAAAGGACCAGUUCCAUCAGAUAAUUAUACCGUUUUAUCACAACUUUCAGAUUUUGGUCAAACAAAUGGACAAAAUGGAUUGGUUUUAAGUCCUGGUAAAAUAUUCAAUGUUAGUUUUGAUACUAAAACUUUCGAUUCUGAUGAUACUGUUAAAGCUUAUUAUGGUCGUUCAGCUGAUAGAUCUUCUUUACCAAAUUGGUUAUUCUUUGAUAGUGGUAAUUUAAGAUUUAGUGGUGUUGCACCAUCUGUUAAUUCUGAGAUUGCACCAGGUUUUAAAUAUUCAUUCAUUUUAAUUGCAACAGAUUACACUGGUAAUGCAGGUGGCUGGAUAGAAUUUGAUAUUGUUGUCGGUUACCAUGAUUUGACUACUAGCGUUAAAGGUGUUACACAUGUUAACGGAUCUGCUGGGGAUGAUUUGGACUUUGAUAUCCCAUUAGAUGAUGUUUAUCAAGAUGGUGAAACUAUUACAACUAACAAUAUUUCAAAUGUCCAAUUAUCAGGAGCUCCAGAUUGGUUAACAUUAGAUAAUUAUACCCUUGUUGGUACUGUUCCUGAAGAUUAUGAAAGUAGUAAUGAUACUUUUAAUGUUACAAUUUGGGAUUAUUAUUCAAAUCAGGUUGCUUUAUAUUUCCAAAUUGAAUCUAUUGACUCUUUAUUUUCAGUUGAUUCAUUUAGAGACGCUAAUGCAACUAGAGGUUCAUAUUUCCAAUAUUAUUUCACUCAAUCACAAUUUACAGAUUUUGAUAGUACAAAUAUUACUGUUGAUGCCGAAGAUGCUGAUUGGUUAUCAUUCCAUAGAUCAAAUUUAACAAUUAACGGUGAAACUCCAGAUGAUUUUGAUGAAACUAAAAUUACAGUUCAAGCUUCUAAAUCAGGUACAUCUGAUGAAUUAUCUUUCAAAGUUCGUGGUCAAGAUUCCUUAACAAAAUCAUCUUCUUCAAGCUCAAGAUCAUCAAGUACUUCAUCUUCAUCUUCAAGUCCAAGUGGUUCUUCUACUGUAUCUAGCUCAACUGUAUCACAAACUGCAAGUUCUGAAAAUGGUCCAAUUUCCAAAUCAAAAUCAAAUAAUAACAAAAAGGCAUUAGCUAUUGGUCUUGGUGUUGGUAUUCCAUUAUUCUUAAUCAUCUUGGCUGCUGUAAUUGUUUUCUUAUGUUGCUUCAGAAGACGUAAGAAUAAUAAAUCUGAUGAAGAAGAUUCACAAUCAUCACCAAAAAUUUCUAAACCAAUCUUGGGUAAUCCUGCAAAUGGACCAAAUAGAUCACCAACUACAAAUAACGCUGCUGGUGUUUCACCGUUUGGUGAUAAUGGAUCUUCAGAUUAUGAAGUUGAAGGAGCUAUGGAUGAAAAGAAUGAACCUCAUAGAUUAGGUGCAUUAAAUGUCUUAAAAUUAGAUGGUAAAGAAAUGUAUGAAGAUGAAAGUUCACAUUCUUCAAUUAGUAAAGCUGCUUCAUUUGAAAGUAUUCAUGAUGAUACACAUUCAUCAUUAUAUCAAGAUGCUUUACAAUCACAUAGUUCUGAUAUGUUAAUGGGUGCCGGUGCUGUUGGUGCUGCUGCUGCUGGAGCUGGUGCUUAUGCUGUCACAAAUAGAAAUUCACAUCAUGAUAAUGAAACACUUCCAAAGAAAUCAUGGAGACAAACUAUUGAUUCUAAGAUUAAUAGAGAAUCAUUGAACUCAUUAGCUACAGUUUCUACAAAUGAAUUAUUUAGUAUAAGAUUAGCAGAAGAUGAUGAAAUUAGAAAAGAUCCAAGAAAAUCUAAUUUAGGUUUUAGAGAUUCAGCAUUUUUAGGAUCAACAGCUUCAUCAAUUUUAACAAGAGAUGAUAGUGGUAAUAUUCAAAGAUUAGAUAGUGAUGGUAACAUUGUCGAUUUGAAAAACAAUGGUAAUAAUGGUAGUAAUAAUCCAUUUAGACAUUCAAAAGGUGGAUCAUUAGAUGUCUUGAAAGAAGAAGCUACACCACAUCAAUUGCAUUCAACAUCAUUCCCAACUCAACAAUCAUAUAAUCAACCACAACAACAAGGACAAUUACACCCAAAUCAUAAAGCAACAAAUUCAUCAUUAGUACAAGAUACUUCAUUUACAUCAACAAAUACACAAUCAACAGGUGAAGAAUUUUAUCCAGUUGAAACAUCAAAUGGAGUUGAAUGGAAACAAAAUGCUAAAAAUAAAUUUACAUUUGAAAAUGGUAGUGUUCAAAAUUUAAAUGAUACAACUUCAUCAUCAAAUUAUAUAAAUACAAAAGCCAGAUUAAUGGAUUUUACAAAUAAAGCAAGAGCAGAAAGUACAAGUAAUGAUGUUAGUCAUUCAACUUAUGAAACUGCUGAAUUUGAAUCACCAUAA